AAGUCACCGCUCCUCUUCCUUCAUGCACAGCGAGGAAGACGCGCAGGACGUAAAACGAAACCACAGAAGCCAGUGAGCGCGUGUUGUGUGUGUGUGAGAGAGAGGUGCACACACACAAACACACACACAAACACACACACAGAUGAUUAAUUAGUAAAAUAAAGACUCGUGGUAACUGGACGCCGCUGCUGAUCCGGGCUCGCGGCUCAGCAGAGGACACCGGCGUAUGAGGAGGUUGUGGCUCUUUUGGAGAAGGCCAGUUUUAACAGGCCGUCGCGUCACCGAGGCGGCUCGUGCGCACUGGAAACCCGGGAUUCAAUUGGUGGAAGCAGGAGGGGAGCCCCGGCCUUUUUCUACUGCAGGAGGAGGAGGAGAGCAGAGUGAGGAAACAGAGGGGAGAGCAGCAGCAGCAGGAGCCUGCGCAGCUUUUUACGACAUGAGGGACUUCACCCAAACUGCGCACUGACUCUGCAGGAUGCACCGCUGCAGCUGCGUAGUUUGUUAGACACACACAAGCGCGAGCUGGUUCCGGACUACAGGGGAUAAGCCCCCCCAAACCGGGCUCGGACUAUCUGCGACAUUCCCAUUGAGAGUUUUAUCUGCCUCCUCCUGCGUGCUGUGGCCUUGCAGCUGAAUCAUGGGAAAUGUAAACAUUUAGUCGGGCUGGAUUUUAAACUACGCACACGUCCCACGUCCUCCUCCUCCCUCCUCCUCCUCCUCCUCCUCCCGGGAAGUCCGAGAUGGAGAUGGGGAUGGAGACGGAGAGAGUCGAGCCGGAUCCGCCGGAGCAGGAGGGAGACGCAGAGCCGCCCAUGCACAGCGUCCACGGAACCAACCGGGUCAGACCGUCUUCGUACCGGGCCCUGAGGAGCGCUGUGUCCAGUCUGGCCCGGUUAGACGACUUCAGCUGCGAGAAGAUCGGAGCCGGGUUCUUCUCUGAGGUGUUCAAGGUGCAGCAUCGUGUGACAGGCCAGGUGAUGGCUCUGAAGAUGAACAUCCUGGUCAGCAACAGAGCCAACAUGCUCAAAGAAGUCCAGCUCAUGAACCGACUGUCACACCCAAACAUACUCAGGUUUAUCGGAGUGUGUGUUCAUGAGGGGCAGCUCCACGCACUUACAGAGUACAUAAACGGCGGAAACCUGGAGCAGCUGUUGGGCAGUGACGUGUAUCUCUCCUGGAGCGUGCGGCUCAGCCUGGCUCUGGACAUCGCCCGAGGUCUGCAGUACCUGCACAGCAAGGGCAUCUUCCACAGGGACCUCACCUCCAAGAACUGCCUGGUGCGCUGGGAGGGCUGCGUGUGCUCGGGCGUGGUGGGAGACUUCGGCCUGGCGGAGAAGAUCCCAGAUUACAGUGAAGAAGACGAGCAGGAGCCUCUAGCCGUGGUCGGCUCCCCCUACUGGAUGGCCCCGGAGGUGCUGCGAGGAGAGGUUUAUAAUGAGAAGGUGGAUGUGUUUGCUUACGGGAUCAUCCUGUGUGAGAUCAUAGCGAGGAUACAGGCUGACCCCGACAUCCUGCCGCGCACUGAGGACUUCGGUCUGGAUGUGGAGGCCUUUCAGCAGAUGGUCGGGGACUGUCCUCCUGACUUCCUGGAUUUGGCGAUCUCCUGCUGUAACAUGAAUGCAACGCAUCGUCCAUCCUUCUCUCAAAUCGUGGUGGAUCUUGAGAGGAAGCAGGCUGAAAGGAAACAGAAGGAUGAGCCAGCGUUCAAAUCUGUCUGUCCAGCGAUUGGACUGCUACGAAGGCGCUCCCUCGGCCUCCCGUCUGACCGUCGCCUCUCCCGCAGCAAAUCAGACAUGCUCCAUCCCCCAGACGCGCCCCCCUCCGUCACCUUGGCAACUCCAGCACGUGUCAACCCCUUCUCUCAAAGGGAAGACCUCAAAGGCGGCAAGAUCAAGCUAUUCGACACCCCCAGCAAGUCGGUGAUCUCCCUCACUUUCACCCUCCCGCCUCUGCCGGACUGCGACGACCCGGCUGCAUCAGAGUCGGACGUAGAUGAACAACCCCGGAGGCACAGGCGCUGCCACUCACUCCCCUGCACGCCUCCUCCAUACCUCACAUCAGCACCGAACACUGUCCUCACAGAAGAGGAGUCCCAGUCUGAGAUAGACACUGUGGAUGUUGAAUUAAAUGGACUGGGUGAAGAAGAGCGACUGUUGGAAGAGGGGAAGGAGACUUUUGAGGGGAGUGGGACAAAUCAAGGGGGUGAUUCGGGUCUUCCUCUGUCACUGGAACCUCUCUCUCUAGACCAAGAGGAGGACAAAGAGGAGGAGGAAGAGGAGCCUAUGGACUGUACAAGCUCCCCAGAUGCACAAGACAGUACUUCCUCUCCUUACUCAAAACUUUCUGCUGCUCCAUCCCAUUCCUCAACCCCCAUACAACCCUCCACGCCACCAUUCUCAAACGGCUGGGGGUCUGCUAUUUCCAACGGCCCCCCGUGCCUGCCUCCCCUUUCCAACUUGGAUAACAACAACGUGGUUGUGAGUCGCCCCUUGGGAUGGAACGUGGCAAAUACAACCGGCACUCCAGCCACAACCAACAACAACGGCUACCACUCCCCUCCCAGCGACCCCGCCGGAUCGUCCCCAUUUGGCUCGGGCAGCGGACACUCUCUGGACCAGGAGGAGGUGAUCUCCUGUCCAGGCUGCUGCCUCGCUGGACUUCGUUUCCCUUCAAUGUGUCUCAGAGCUCCGCCACGCAGAAAUCCCUACAAGAACUUGAACGGGGACCACGCUGCUUCACGUGGACUGCUUGGUCCAGGACCCAAAGGACUUCCACCCUCUCCUACACCAACAACCACCACCAACAGCCUGGAGCCGGGACUCGCUUUACCGGGUGCUCAAACCUAAACUCCUCAGUCAAGGAAACUCUGCUUCAAAAGCUGCUCUCUGGAAAUUAAGUGGGUCUUAUUAGAAUUUGCACAGAUUUUAAUUCAGCAAUACCCCGCUUAUUUUCUGGACCUGCUUUUUGAUGCAGAUCACUCUCCACAGAUCCACCAACUUAAACACACUCCAGGUCUACUCUUUUAAUGAAAACUGUGGAACUAGAAACUGAUAUCAUGAUGAAUUUCGCCCUCUGCUGGGCCGAGGGUGUAACAGCUACAGAUUUGAGCCGUGCCUGCGUUGAACUGACUGAUGAUGGGCAGCAUCCAGAGCUGUUCAGCAUGUUAACACUCCAGUUUUUGGGCCCAGUUGGUUUGUGUGUAUAUUUGCAGAUGUAAAGAUUCCUAUGACUGAUGAUAUUGAUGAAAAUGAUGCUGAAAAGAGGAAUGUUAAGCUUAGUAUUAUUACUGCUGCAAUGACUUUUCAUGUUUGGUGCUGUUUCUGAAUGAACAGGCAGUUUUGCUUUAUGUCUUUAAUUAUCAGGAGGUGUAUGGUGCACUGCUGAGAGGUGUGAGUGUGGAGUGGAUUGAUUGUGUGAAAGGCUCGACAUGCCUGUGUUCGUGUGUGUGUGUGUAUGUGAGAGAGGAAGGGAAAGAGUGUGUGCUGUACACCGUUCUUUUGUGGCUGUAUGAUCUCUAUUGGCCUGGUUAAGCACUUCAGCUGUAUUACUGUUGUUAAUAAGGAAAAUAUUGAUGUCAUUAUUACUUUUGGGAAUGAAAGGUCAAAGACCUGCUUAAGAGAUGUACAGAUUCUUAUUAUUUAAAGAUGACAUUGAAUAAAAAGAUAGAAUGCA